AUGGGGGUCGGUUUGCAGAUUCCAGCGUCCGCGGCUCCAAUACCGCAACCCGGUACUAUACCGCACUGGGUGAUUUCCCGACAGCAGCCUUCGUCCGUCCUAGGGAUCCCCAGUGUGCAGAAGGGCACGGUGCCUGGACAGCCCAGCCACCCAUCGGCAGGGCAACACGUGAAAGCAGGAGAGGGAGGCGACGACGAGGAUGUUGAGGCGGCAAAGUACACGGGGAUUUCCAAGGAGAAGGCCACUGGGAAGUGGGCUGCGAAGAUAUUGGCGUGGGAGGGGGAUAAAAGGCAUCAGCAUCGCCUAGGAGCUUACACAACCCCGACGGAGGCCGCCCAGGCGUUUGCCGCUGCUGCUUAUGUGCUGCGUCACGGUGAGGAGAUGGAGAACACCAUCCCCCUGACAGAUGCACAGAAGGCGUUGCUGGAUGGCUGUGACAAGAAUGCGGUGGUGCAGCUCGUGGGUGCGCGCAUGUGGUGGCGGUGGAGGAAGUGGGGGAUGGUGUUGAAGGAAAUCGCUGCCAAAAAGAAACGUGUGAGGAAGACACCGUCAUCUAACACACGGGGAAAGAAGAGGAGAACGAAUGGCAAGGUGGCUGCUGGCGGGGAUGAUGAAACGAUGGGGAGUGAUGGAGCAGGAACCGGACAAACGGAGCCGGUAGGUAAUGAUGGUCCCGGUCUCAUGGAGAACGAAGGGCAGUCUGAGGGUGCCAGCGGCAAUGAGAUUGAGGAUGUGGGUGAUGAGGGCGAAGAGGGAGAUGAGGGUGAUGAGGGCGAUGCGGAGUACGUUGAUGAAACCGAGGGCCUUGAGACCACGGAGGCAACACAACAGCGCGAAUAUUCUGAUGCCGAAGAAUCCGAAUCGGUGCAGUCGGCGAGCAAGGGCGACAGUGAUGAGGGCCCGGCCAAAACCAAGACCGUCGAGCAUGUUCUUUCUGGCACGCCGAAUGCAUCCAAAGGGGUCAACGUUAACCCCCCUGAUGUGGAGGAAGAUGACCCCCUGGUCGCUUUGCGCGCAUCCCCCGAGGGGUCAAGAAACCCCACCGAGGAGGUGACCGUCUCGCGGGCUGUGUUUGAUAGUCUUAAACGGGCGCAAGAUGACAACGCUAAGACCGUGGCUCGUCUGGAAGAAAUGUUGUUGAACGCCCUGGCAAAGAGUCCUGUAGGGUCUCGUCGUCGGAAAGCAGAGAAGCAGAGAGAUCCGGGACUCGGGUGUGCCAACCCGAAACGUCGCCGUGUUGAGGCUCGCAGCUCUGCUUCCGAAGGCGACGAGGACGACGAGAGUGAUGAUGCUCGCCGGAGCUACAUUAGGUCAUCUAGGUCGCCUGUGCUGCAGAGCGCCCUGGAUCUGCUCCCUGCUGACAAGGCGUGGAAGGUGAGGUGUGAUUAG